UAGAUCGCUCCACUCGCUCGAGGCAGAUAACAGAGGUUCUCAGUGUAGGAGACUGGGCGCACUGCUCGAGUAGCCGACGUUAAAAGUUAACGGGCAGUACGUCGCAGCGGCAAAAAGAGCACAGAUCGAGCACUAGCAACACUACCAGCCUGAACGUGACCAUGGCGAGCUACGAUAGAGACUCAGGUCUACUCGAGCUAGAGCCAUCACCGGUAGAAGACACGCCUCAGGAGAUCAAGGAUGGAUACUUCGGCAGUACAGAUGACACCGAGAACCCUGCACAACCGAAGCGAUCCGCCACGCUUGGGCUAUCACAACACUCUCCUGUCUGGUACCUAUCACGGAUACAGAAGUAUUCAAGCUAUGUCUUUACCGCCUUCGGCCUCGCGCACAUCACGAACACCUCUAUAAUACCACUCGUCACACGCAGCGUGCCGGAGAGCGAACGUUAUCUGCUUCUGACACGGCCAUACUACCAAGGACUGCCGGCCGAGCCAUUACUAGUGAUCAUCCCACUUUGGGCGCAUGUGAUAUCCGGCGUAGCACUGAGGAUUGUGCGAAGAAAUAUAAAUGCGCAGCGGUACGGCGGAAAGACAAGCUUUCUCAGCUCGCAGUUCUGGCCAAAAGUAUCAGGCAUCAGUCAACUGGGUUACCCUUUCGUCUGGCUCCUGGUGGGUCAUAUCUUCAUCAAUCGCGCCAUACCCAACCAAUUUCCUGGUGGUCAGUCGAACGUCAAUCUCAGCUAUGUCAGCCAUGCGUUCGCGAAACAUCCAGUAGUCAGUUAUGCUGGCUUCACCGCGCUUAUUUCCAUUGGAGUAUCGCACAUUACCUGGGGUUGGGCGAAGUGGCUGGGCUGGACGCCGGAUCAAGUCACCGCGCAGGGUGGGGAGAGGCAGAUGUACAAGAAACGAAGGUGGUAUAUCAUCAACGGCAUAACCGCUACAGUGACUGGUUUGUGGAUGGCUGGAGGUUUUGGUGUAGUCGGAAAGGGAGGUCUAGCCCCUGGCUACAUCGGCAGACUCUACGAUCAGAUGUACCAGCGCAUACCGCUUGUGGGACAGUGGAUGUGACGGAGUGAUGUCGGAUUCAGACUUGCAUAGGCUGUAGUGUCAUGUUUCGAUAGUGUAAGAAAUACCCAUACCGACUCUGAGGUGGACCGUGCGCAUGCAAGAGUCGGCCGGCGCCAUCGCAUUCUCCCACACAUUUGGCUGCCACCAGCCAAAUUGGAUUUGCUCAACA